UUUAACUCACCCCCCCCCCGCCAAAAAAAAGGGCAUUAAUAAAUAUACGUAUUGUAAUACAUUUUAUUACAUAGCGAGGAGUUUGCUACUGUCUGUCAUCGAGGCAGACAAAAAUGGGCGGGGCUUAAAACAGCCCUUCACAGCUAACUGGAUUUAAUAUAGGUGGGUAAAUAUGGCCAAAAGUGCAAGUAGGGGCAGAAAACAACAUUAAAGUUGGCAUCAACCUCUCCCAUAUACUGUUCGAAAUGCCAAAAGUGAUGCGCGCAAGUUAUUUUUUAUGUCGUUUAAUGUGGCAUUUAUAGUAAAGGGCAUCCGGGGUAAAACUGUGCCGAACAUGCACUCACCUAAGACGACACGCUGUGGCGACCCCUAACGGGACAAGCCGAAAGGAAAAGAAGAACUUUACAGAUGCCACGUCAUGGAUGUCAUCUUUACAGAUGCCACCAUGCCUACAGGCGGAGGGACGUUGCGACGUUUCCUCCCACACCGACGCUGAACCAACCGCAAAGCUCUGCCAGUAAUGUCCGCCUCACCUCCAGGCAGAAUCCCUUGGACCAGACACCGACACAUCUGCAACACUGACUGCCUGGUAAGAAGGCCUCAAGUGUGCAGUGACGUGAUGAGGAACGUUCUGGACUUGACCUGGCUGCUGUUGAUGGUCAUCACAUCAUGCGCUACAGGUCAUAGUCCGCCAGGGAAGCCCACACUGACUAGCUGUCGCUCUCCUGAAAAAGAGACCUUCACCUGCUGGUGGCAGCCUGGCUCAGACGGAGGACAGCCCACCACAUACAAACUGUACUAUCGUAAAGAAGGCUCUGACUUCGUGCAGGAGUGCCCUGACUACCUCACGGCUGGGGAGAACUCGUGCUUCUUCAAUAAGAAUGACACGUCUAUCUGGGUCAACUACAACAUCACCGUAGUGGCCACCAACCGACUGGGGAGCACCUUCUCCGACCCCGUGGAUGUCGACGUGGUCUACAUCGUCCAGCCCAACCCUCCUGAGAAUGUGUCACUGAGCAUCAUGGAGGACAAAGGCUGGCCCUUCCUGCGAGUGGCAUGGGAACCGCCCCGUAAGGCUGACACUCGCUCUGGCUGGAUCACACUCAUCUACGAACUUCGUAUCCAAACAGAGGGGGAAACAGACUGGGAGACUCACACAGCCGGCCAGCAGAAGCUGUUCAACAUUUUUAGCUUACGCUCCGGUGGCUGGUACCUCGUUCAGGUGCGCUGCAAGCCUGACCACGGAUUUUGGAGUGAAUGGAGCGCUGCCUCCCACAUCCAUUUUCCUGAGUAUUUCCCUCGGGAAAAGUCAGCGUGGAUCAUCAUUCCAGCCGUUUGUACCUUCAUCUUCCUGGUAGUCAUGUGGUUGCUGUACAUGAACAGUCGCAGCUUAAAACACUGCCUCCUACCGCCUGUACCUGGUCCUAAAAUUAAGGGAUUUGAUCGGCAGCUCCUAAAGAAAGGCAAGUCUGAGAACAUCUUCAGUGCGCUGGUGGUCUCCGACUUCCCCGCGAUGUCAUCGUUGUCCGAAGGCGAGGACCUGCUGGUGGAGUACCUGGAGGUGUACAACCCGGAAGGACACGAGGCCGCGUUGGAGGGGGUAAAGGACCUAGACCUCAGCACGGGCUUCAAGUUGGAGAGCUCCGCGUGCGACAGCGACUCAGGCCGAGGGAGCUGCGACAGUCACACCCUGCUGAUAGAGAAGUGCGGCCGGCCCAAAGAGGACGAGGACGGAACGGGGGAGCGGCCCGAACGGGAAGACACAGGAAGUAGGAUGUGGCCUUCUGCAUUUAGCAGCCCACUGGACCGGCCACGGCGCUGCCUCUCCGACAGCCUCUCUUGGGUUCUGGGGCCUUCGGAGGGGCAGGUGUGCCAGGAAAUCAAGGCCCGCAGCGAUGUCAACAUCGCCGCGUCCGGUCACAAACAGUCACCCGCUCGCUGGUCCAUCAAGUACGUGGGUGUGCAGACAGUCGGGGAUGACAAUGUGGUCAUCCUCCAGCCCUGGAGCGGCGGGGUGGGUUGCUCCCCACCGGUGACCUUCCAAGGGCAGGACUACAGCCGGGUAAAGCGGAUAGGAAAUGACGACACGCUGCUGUUUCUCCAGAGUGUCUCAGAAGGGUCGGCAGUCGGGUGCGAGGGCGGGUCGAGCUUUGGCGAUCCGAGCCAGAAGGGCGCCGCGUGUAUGCACUCCACCACAGCGAUGAGCGGUUAUGUGGACUCGGCCGCCCUUUUCCCAUUGAAGACCCACUGAGCGUCCUUUUGAGGGACAGCCAGUCAUCUGAGUCAAUUGAUUAAUUGCUAUUUUUGUCCUCGACAAGCUCUGAAUGUACUGAACUCCUUUUUGAGAAUCAGCAAGAAAUAACAUAUAUUUGAAUAAGAUGAGAUUUCUUUUUUCUUUUUGUGAAAUUUUGACUUUGUUUAAAGAUAGGACUAUUCCACCAGCUGAUUUUUUUUACAAAAUAUAAGACUACAUAAUAUUAAAACACCGCCUCCUGCUCAAUGACAGCUGGGAUUGGCUCCAGCACUCCUGUGACCCUUGUGAGGAUAAGCAGGUUAGAAAAUUAAUGAAAGAAUAAUGCAACUGUAAGAUUAAAAAAAAGACAUCAUGCAAGGUUAUUAUUUUUUUCACAAAAGUUACACUUUUUUGUGUAUCGUGAUUUUUUUAAAAAAAAAAAAAAGACUUUUCUACAGAAUGUUACUUUUUCCACUAGAAGAAAAAAACUUCGAUACUAUAUAAAUACUUUAUUUAUAUACCAAUACAAAUUUUUACUGGAAAAAUAAGACUUCAUGAUGACUUUUCUCACAAAAGUUGUAAUACUUUAUUCAUGUAACAAUACCAUUUUCUUCAAAUGUAUGUCACGUAACGUUUUCACAAUACACAUAUACACAUCUUGUAUAGCAAUAUAUUUUUUUUUCACUGGAAAAAAAAGACUGUUAAUGUAACAUUACUUUUCCCAGUCAGUUUAUUUGGGUUGGGUUUCAUCAUACCAUCUCGUGAUUAUACAUCAGUUUUAUAGCAUUGUAUUUAAUUCUGCACUGAUUUUUUUUUAACCUGUUCAGUCAUGUAGUUCAUGUUGUCUAUGCUGGGCUGCAGUUUAGUGCAGCAGGCCGUAUAGUGUCCAUUGAAAUAAGAAAUUGUGAUCGCUAAUGUGCUUUCUCUAAAAUGCUGGAAACAAAGAUGGCUGCUGUAAAGAGAGACACAGCUGUAGCGCGUUGGCCUCACAGUUCUGAAGACAGCGGUUCAAAUCCCCGCCCCGCCUGUGUGGAAUUUUCAUGUUCUCCCCGUGCCUGGGUGGGUUUUCUCCUGGAACUACAGUUUCCUCGCAAACCUCAAAAACAUGCAUCAAUUGGACAUUCUAAAUUGUCCCUAGGUGUGAAUAUGUAUGCUAAAGAUUGCUUGUUUGCAUGUGCCCUGCAAUUGGAUGGCAACCAGUUCGCGGUGUACCCCACCUCUCGCGCGAAGAUAUCUGGGAGGGACUCCAGCACGCCCGCGACCCAAUUGAGGAUAAGCGGCUCAAAAAAGGGACGGAUGGAUGUUUGUUUGUUUUUUCCACGCCACACUGAUUAAAUUCCUAAAUUUGUCAAACUAAUUGUCA